AUGGCUCGAAGGCCUUGCUCGUCAGACAACUUGGUGAUUCCAAUGAAAUUUUGUCCCGAAUGUAACAACCUGCUCUACCCAAAAGAAGAUAAGCAGCGCAAGAUCUUGCUUAAUGCCUGCCGCACCUGUAGCUACACGGUUCUACCCCAAACAGUCUCUAAUCAACCAUUAAAUAUAUUACAGGAGGUGGCAGAGAGUAACUGUGUGUAUAGAAAUGUGGUGCAACGUAGCUCAGCGCCGGCUGUGAUAUUAAGGGAUGCAUAUGCGGAUCCCACACUUCCUCGCAUUAGGGGAGCCAAAUGCCCUGUCUGUGCUUAUCCAGAAGUUGCAAUUUUUCUG